CCGCAGUCGAUCGCGGGCUUCGGCUCGCCGUCGCCGCCGUCCAGCAGUCGAAAGUCGCGCGUCCGACGAUGACGACCGACGACCGCCGCCGGCGGAUAUGAACCCGGGACCCGGCCAGGGCGCCCGUGGGCCGUCGUCUUUACCGAACUGGUGGCCCGCCGACCCCCGUCACCACACCUCUCCGUCCACCUCGGAUGUCGUAAGUACCCGCGGACUUUAUCACGUCAAUAAUAACAACAACAACAACAAAAACACCACAACGAUAACAAUUGUGCCGGAUUUCGUAGGCACGGUUCGAACCGAAUAAAAUCGAAUAAUGAUUUGCCGCCUCGGUUGUUAAUACGAUAUAACCGUAACGCGGUGUUUUCGUUUUUCGCAAACGUUUUUUUUUUUUUUUUUUGUUUUGUUCUUUAUUUGUCGUUUUAAUACGCAAAACUUAUAUUAUCAAUAACAUAUCAUAACCUAUUAAAAUCCGUAUGUGAGCGCGUCUGGUUUUCGUAAAAUAUUAUGUUCGAUUCGUAUAAUAUCGUUAAUUUAUGCGGCGAUUUUGCCGCCGACGUGUUUCGCUAUACCUUAUAUAAAGCCGUAUGAGAUGUGCAAUACUUACGAUGUUCGCCUCUUAUCGUCAAGGCUGGGCGAGCCGACGAACGAUAUCGACACGAUUAAGUUUAUUUGAAAACAUUUGUCGACGAGUGAACAACACUUUACGAGUCAGUCGGUUUAUAAAUCAACCGAUUCAAGUUUAAAAUUUGACGAACUCGAGAUAUGUAUUAAUAUUAUUUUUUUAAUUUUUUUGUUUUGGAAAUUUGCUAUUUUUACGGUGGAAACUAUUGAACAUAUAACAUAUUAUAGUUUGUGAUUUAUUGAAAAUCAGGACAGUCGCGUGUUAAACAUACGGUGUUAUGUAGUACGAACUAAUGUGUAUCGGUUCCGAAAAAAAAAAAAAUGAUUUUAAAUUGUACACGAUAGGAUAAAUACAUAAUGUUGUGAUAAAACUUAAAUUUAAAAGAAAUUUAAAUUAAGUUAUGGGGCUCGGUACCGAUUUUUCAAAUUUUCUCCGGGUUUGUAAGAUUUUAAAAUUAUUUUUUACAGUUUAACGAACAACUUAAACAUAUGACUUUUUCCACUUAUCGAACUUGAUAAUCAUUUAGGAGCUAGGGGUAUGGCCGUUUAUACAUACGGAAAUGACUUUGCGGGAAGGGAUGUUAACUCAUUUUUAACAUUUUAUUUUCCUACCAACUUGUUUUUUUUUUAAUUGAUAAAAAACUAUACAUUCUACAGACCUCAUUGAACUCCGAUUUUUCAUUUGGUUUCAAAUAACAAACGGUAUAAAACAAUGUGUGAAUUGACCUUUAUUUUUAAAGUCUGAGAUAAAAUAUUCAAAAACUGAGUUAAAAGCUGUGUAGUGCAGGGACUUUUUCUUGCGAGUGCUUUUUCUGAAAGGCAUGGUUUUAAGCGAAAUAACGCGAUUUUAACUAAACGGUUAAACGUGAUGUUAUUCAAAAUCGACUCGUUAUAUUCAAGUAUGAGCAAAUAAAUUUAGUUAAAUCAAAGAUGAAAUUAACUCGACUACUAACUUUUUAACUCGAUCGUGUCCAGCCUAGCUCAUCUUACUUGUCGUACAACGCCGUAAAGUAAUAUUUUGAUUGUUGUUAUCGACUAUCGAGUCGCGAUAGCGCGAACAGUAAAAAUUUAUUUUCGCCGCUGUAAAAGUUUACAAUAUUUACGUGAAAAAUAAAAUCGUCUUACCGUAAACGCGCAAUAAUGAUACGAGAUUUCACACACAAUAUCCGCGCGUUUAAGUCAUCGCGGCUACGGUCGUGCGGUCAUUCGUAGUGAAGAAGAUAAACCGGCCGCAGUGUUUCUUUGAUAACAGUUUAAUUCGAAUUCAAUUCGAAUAGACGACACCGGCGGCGGCGACCGAGGAAAAAAUGAAUUAGAAAAAAAAAACAAAAACUGACUGUAGGCAGACGGGUACGUGCAGGUAUAAAGAGAAAAUGACGGGUUUCGGAAACGGUGAAAAGUGGAAGAAUAAAAAAAAAAAAACUUCGAUGCGAACACUUAAUAUCUUAUUAUUAUUAUUAUUUUUUUUAAAUCGGACGAGCGGAACACGGUGGACGAAAACACUUGUUGCAGCGGAUGUGCACCGAGCAUAUUACAUAGGUAUACACAAUAUAUAAAUAUGGCCGAUCUCCGCUGUUUGAUAAACGUUUCUGGUUUAUUUCCACGAUCGCAUGCGUAUACCAUUCGCGUGUACCCGGUAUAAUAUAUAGUCGGCGCGAAUAAUUUAUUCGUUGUAUUAUAUCCCAACUAAACGGCGCCAAAAUUUAAUGUUGUCAUAUUUUACAUGGCUAAAGAUAUUCCGCUUAUCUGAUUAAAUAAAUUAUUGGGUGACAAAUUUCAAUCGUUCGCGAGAUUUAUGUUCCUUUCUUUGUUUUUUUAUGUUUUUCGAGAUGCGGUAGGUAUCAGCUGCAGCAUCAUACAGUUGCUGUUAAAGGAACUCGAAUAACAUUUAUACCGUACAUAUCUAGCUGUCAUCUUAAUUGAUAAAUUAUUUUCAGAUAUUUGCGUACACGUAUAAUGUUUAUAUAGGCAUUCGUAAUGUUCUUGUUCGUAAUAAUAUUUCAUUUUAACGAUUAGCAUAAUAUUAAAAAAAAAAAAAAAAAUGAAAAAAAUCUGAAACUCUUCGUAAAACAUUGACUCUCUGUACUUUGGUGGUGUAUAUACGUCGACAAAUGUAAUAUUAUGUAUUUAUAUAUAUUAAAAGGACAUAUUUUUUACACAGACAUUUUAUUGAACUUCCGACGUAUACGUUCACAGAAUAUUUCACAAAACGAAUUGAUCUUCAUUUAAAAAAUAUUAUUGUACAUAAUAAUAUUUUAAAUUUUACUUUAGAUUUACAUACAAUAGACACCGCUUAAGGGGCCCAAUUUUAUCUUGUUUUUUGCUCAGAAAAAUGCCUACGGGAAAAAUUCUCUCGUAGAGUGGUUUGAUUCUGAUGGUUAUUUUUCCGUUGGAAAGAGGCAGACUCCCCGUAAACCGGAAUGAACAAUGUUUUUAUCUCAAAGUUAAUCAAACGACAAAUUGGAAUUCAAUGCGGUCUGUAGAAUAUUGUUGUUGAUCAAUUAAAAAAAAAUAAUAAUAACAAUAAUACCUUGUAUAGGAUAGUAUAAUGAUGAUGAGUUGUCUCUUGAAGUAAUUUUUGGCCCGUACUUUUUUAAUCUAAAUGGGUUAACGGGCAGUGGAUUAGUGAAAAAGUGUUAUUUUUAAGGCGGUCAAUAAAAUGCUGAUAAUAAAUUUCAAAUUUGUGAAAAUUUGGAAGACGGGCACCGGGUCCCUUUACAGAGCUGGUUCUGGUAUUGGAGUAUUUGAGUUUAUGAAUCGGAUAAGUUGUUAAAUAAGGCGAAGAGUCCAAAAAUAAAAAUAAAUACACAUUUUUAAAGGUUAUGCGUGAAAAAUUGGAGUAGUUUAAUCAUCAAAACAGAGUUUGUUUUUGUUUUUUUUUUUUAAAUCAAAUAAAGAACCAUUAAUCGGAAAAUCCGCAUCAUUUUAAGUAGGGUAUGACAAAAUUGACCCCAUUAACCAGUACAAUUAGUCCGACAUCGAUUUUGUUUCGGUGUAUUAGUUAUUUUAGUAUAUGAGAAAAUUCAGCCUGUUUUGAGUCCAAUAAACAAAUGAGUCAAUUAACCGUGAACCUAAUGAGCGGGGUAUAGUGUAUACAAGUAAUAGAUUUAAUUUGUUCGUUAUAAGUUUUAUAAGUUUUCAUGUUUUUAUUCAGUAAUUUUCUGGGUUUUUUUAGAGUUUAAGACUUAUUCACAUAGAAAAUAAUGCAAUUUUUUUGAAAUCGAAACGCCUUACACAUUAAAUGUAUUUAAAAACGUUUUCGAAAUUAAAAAAAAAAAAAAAAUAACACGAUGCCAAGUAAUUAUAUUGUAAAACUAUAUCUUCGAUUAUACUGCUAAAAAUGUAUGGACACUAAAUAAAUCGUUAAUAAUGUAUGUACGCGAUCCAGUAUCUUUUGCGAUUCGGAUUCGAAACGAGGUACAUUUUUUGUAACCCAGUGAAGAGGAUAUGAUUUUGGUGUGAUCGUCCCCACUUUGUAUUGUCGCCUGCAACUUGAUACUUAAGAAAUGAUACACCAUUACUCCUGCGGAUUUGAAAUUCGCCCCCCUCUCAGAACAUAGAUGUAUAUGUUAGAUUCUGGCGGAAACUUACGUAGGGAUCAUCACGAGUUCAAUAUUAUACGUAAUUUAUUGCGCUUAAAUCGUUUCAAAAAUCAUUACGCAUAAUUAUUUUCCGAGUCAUAUAAAUAUUUUAAUCACAGACGCGCCGCCGUGGACGCAUAUAUGAGCUUAUUUAUACGCUAUUAUGCUUUGUGAUUGGGCAAAAGAAAAUAUUACAAAAUAGAAUAUUCAAAUGAAAUAUGUUUAAUAUUAUUUUAUUUGCCCGGCUCGUGGACUACCGAAGUUUUAAAUACCUAUUUUGAUGCGCAUUUUAUAUCUAUUGGUAUUUCAUUUGAAUCAAAUUGAUACACCAACUUCAGAAAUAUAUACACAAACACGCGUGUUCCUUUAAUUUAGAUUUAAUGUUCGUGCAUUAGUAGAGUUUUUAAAAAUAAAUUCCGUUUUUAAUCGUUUAGAUUUCUAUUUCUUUUAUAAUUUAAAUUAUAAUUACUAAAAAUGUAUGGUAAACCUGUAGGAGUCAAGAUAUAUCAAGAACUAUGCAUUCAAAUAAAUACGGCAAUUUAGAAUAUGGAAAUCAUGACGAUAAAAAAACAACUGCAGUUGAUAAUGCUGAGAAGGUAUAGGCUACUUAGAGUUAUUGAAUUUAUAUUUCAACGUUAAAUUAUUUCUAAUAAAAAAAAAUUACUUUUCUGAACGAAGCUCGGUUAAACGUGAUUUGAAAUUCCACGAUUUGUACGAUAUUUUAAAAAAAAUAUUUGCCGGGUCGAUUUUAUUCACAUAAAAAAAUUCACGAACAUUUUAAUUGCUCUAAAUAGCUCAAAAAUUGGUAGAAUUUAAUUUUGUAAAUUGUUUCACGUCUUAAAUCGGCUAAUAUAUUCCACGAAAUUACAGGUCAUCGGUUUUUUUUUUUUUAACUGAAUAUUAAUAAAAAACUAAGAAAGUUGUGAGAAAAAUAAAAAAAAAAAAAAUUAUUAAAAAAUUAUUCACCGAUCGAAUAAUAAUAAAAAAAAAAAAAGAAAAACAAUAAUAAUAAUAAUAAACACGCGUUACCGUAAAAUUAAUAAAUUCCUCGCUUCCAUCAGAAUAUAUAGAAAACAAAUAACCAUUUUCACGUUAUUCUCUAUAAACCCGUAGUAAAACGAAUUUAAAAUGUAAAUUGUUUAUAUGUUUUGUUGCACGAAAAUGUAUUCCUAUUAUUGACGAGUCGUUUGAAAAUAUAUUAAUGUGCACGUGCACAUUGCAUACAUACACCACACGAGUGAAUUUUAAUAAUACAAUUAUUGGGAUGUAGAGUUGCAAGAGGCUUUUUUUUUUUUUUUUUGGUGGCUGUCAACAUUUCUUGACGUAAACGUCGACGGGCGAUGACGCAAAAUUGUUUUUUUUUCUUAUGUUUAUUAUAUUAUUUCUUACCGCGGAUACACCUCCGUCACAAACGUCACCAUCGUCCGUCAACGGACACGCGCGCGCAGAAAAAAAUAAAAAAAAAAUAACAGUAAUAAGUUCGCCGCGUUUCUGCAUUAUAAGGCGAAAACCGUGGAAAUAAUUACCCGAUGUCAGAAAUCCAUUAGUGCCGCGACUUUUUGAGAGAAAGUCUGACGUGAAUAUUAGGCGUACCGGCUGCAGCGGGGAAAAACGAUGUUAUUAUAAUUUCGUUGUAUUAUGAUUAGUAUUAUUUUGAAAUCGCGAUUUUCAAAAAAAAAUUUAAAAAAAAAAACUACAUCGUACGCGUGCCCGGGCUGUCCGUCUAUUUGUUUAACGGGGGAGAAAAUAAUAAAAAAAUAAAAAAUAAUUUGUGUUUUCUUUUUUUUUUUUUUUUUUUUUUUUUUUUUUAUGAAAUCCGUAACUGUUUCGUAAUAAUAACGCGACGCGCGCUAGGUAAUUCCCGUACACGAUGACCACGAGACCGAUCGACACGCCGACCGUUUAAUAGAAUAAAGUGUUUUUUUUUUUUUUUUUUGGUCCGUCGGACGUUGGAGAUUCUCCUACACACACACACACACACGUAUAUAUACACGCAGUACGUAUCGACCCGUCAGCAAGAUUUUAACGUCUAAAUUUCUAUUAAAAGGAGAAGAAGAAGAAGAAAACGACAUCAAAAACCGUGCCCGCGUAUACCGAACCCAAUACACAUGUACGUACGUGCCGUACGUUAUUACGACCGCGGUGAGCCGGAGGGCCGGGGGGGCGAGGCGGACGAAUUACGAUAAUAACGAUAAACGGGGUGGGGGAGGGGGAACCGCGAGCUCGUCAUACGCGAAACGGGGCCGGCGUUCGGCUCGGCGCGCGUAUGAAACGCAUGGGCAAUGUUCGCGUGUACGCUCGCGCUGCGAUACCGCAAUUUAUGUACGUGCACACGCGCGCGCUUGCCUGCGUGUCGGGCGCGUCGCGACGGAACGCGGUGGGCCGUUGCGUUUUCCCGAACGACGGACGUACGAGAAAAAUUUUUUUUAUAAAAAUAGCCCCGAUAGCGCCCGCCGCCGCGGUAUCGUACGAAUAGAGCCGUAACACGGCGGCGGACGGAGACGGGCGAGCGGAUUUACAUAAUCCUUAUAACGGAUUUACAAACGGUCCGCUCGUACAGCGACAAACAACAACAACAACAACAACAAUAAUAAUAAUAAUAACAAUAAUAAUAUCGUAACGUACGGGAGAGCCGGCGCGCACGCCGCGCCGAAGACGGGCACCGAAGACGGGUAGCCGAUUAUCAUAAUACAAGACCCGUACGCCUCUGCACGCGUACCCGUACCCGUGUACAAUAUAAUAAUGCGUACACGACGUUACGGCGCUGCGUGUAGCAUAAAAUACGCCGCGUUUCGACGGCUGCCCGGGCAGCCGCCGCCGUGUAGCGGUGUAGGCAAGUAUGUAUAUUUAUAUAUAGUUGUCCGGGCACGCGAACGACAGACGGCGUACGACGACGACAGUAAUUGCAACGAUAACGCGGCGGAGAUACGAUUAACAAAAAAACCGAAACGAGACCGCCCGGACGCGAAUUAUUUAUUUGUUUAUUUAGUUUCCGAUCGCGACAACGGGAGACGAUAACGACAACGAUUAUAACAAUAUUGCCGUGCGUCGAUUGUGGCGUACACGGGUGCGAGCGCACAUUAUUGCAGCGCGUUCGAGUGUUGCCUAGACGCGCGUUGCCGCAAUGCUGCCGUCGUCGUUGUUACGGCCGUCUGUCCGUCUCGCGCCCCGGGAUUCGCGAGAACAAACGAAUCCCGUCCGUACGCCGGCGGCGCGCAUACGUCUCCGCGUAAAUAACCGGGGGGGUGGGGAGGGGGGCGGUUAUUUACGCGACCGUACGCGGCGGCACGUAAACAGGCGUCCCCGUUUUCGAUCGGCCGUCCGGUCAUUGUCGCGGGCGCCGGCCGUUUAGCGACCGGUGUUUUUCCCUGUCGCGUUCUACCCCGGGCCGGGGCGUGGCGAACCGCGGCCGUCGGUCUCGCACCCGCCGAAUCUCGGCUCCGGCCCCGCAACGCCGUCCCGUCCGAAGGCUCGGACGUCGAGCCUUCCGGGACGCGGACGGAUGUUACGACGCGCGACGCGGUCCGGUCGAUUAUGACCGCUGCGGCCGUCACGAACUGCGCACGGAAUGAGGUGGUCCGUGUUGUAAAGAAAACAAUAGUCUACGCCGACGGACCCGGGACAGACCAAGGAAACGACUCUCGGCUACGGGAAAACAUUCGUUUUCGCACGCACACCCUAGUUCGGAAUGUCCGGCAAACGCAUACUGUCUGGGUAUGGCUGCGGUGAAAAGGACGCGCUCGUGUUGAAGCCGUCUGACGAGCAACGGAGACGGGCGUUCACCGGUCGACGAGAAAAUAAUAGUAACGCGUCGUUUGACCGGAGUAAACGUCGACUGCGGGUGGGGCGGGGGAGGCGGAAGGGAAAUAGUUUAGUUUAUUGUGUUUACGAGUCUCCGGGUGUCAUCAUACUCGAUAUCCGUACUCGAUUGAUAAAUAGGCUUACAUUGUUUUUCGGUGAAACCGAUCAAUCGACGCGUGUCCCGCUGACAAUGGGGGGUUAAACGGCGGUGGGGGCGGGGGGGUCGUACGAAAUGUUUUUUAUUCGGAGUAACGGAUAUUAUAACAGCGACACAAGGCGGCUUAUAAAAGAUUAAUGACACAUCGCCGCGACGAUCGGCGCGAGAAUAAUACCGGGCGAUAUUAAUACUGAAACAGCACCGCGGGCCGAGAGAUGUCAGCGAGUUGGGGGUUUUUUUUUCUUUCUUUUUCGUACACACCGCGAGUGUGUAUGACAAUUCAGUAUUACGAUUGUACAUAGGCGUGUGUGUAAACCGUACACACGCGUCUCCGAGACGACUGUAAAGUAUGAUAAUGUUAUUAUACCGUACACAAUGGCCUACAGUAUAGAUCCGAGCGGCGGCGCGCGGGUUGGCAUAGGUUAACUCUCUAAUGAAAAAAAAAAAAAAUAAUAAUAAUAAUAAUAAUAAAAAAAGAGGCACAGGGUCACGGGUCGACGCGAUGAUCAAAAUCUCCGUACGGUAUACCGUACUUGUAUUAUGAGUACCGGCACUUGUGUAAUAGAAUUUCAACAAUAUCGUUAGGCCGUAUUAUUAUUUAUUAUAAUUUUUUUUUUUUUUUUUUUAACGAACCGCGGGAACAUUACACCGCGUAUAAUAUUAUUACGAAAAUAAUUGUAUAGGUUUUAUGCGUGUCCGGAGGCGACGCGACGACGGCGGGUGCGCGGUGUUAUUACAUCGAGAGUCCUCAAGUGGCGGCCAGGAGGCGACGGAGCGCAGCGGUCAUCCGCGGAUCGUAACGUUACACGUUCGUCCGGCGAAUCACACCGGGCGCGCUCGAUAUCGCCGCGCGGGUACCUUUCCCCUCCAUCCCACAUCCCGCUCGUCGUUCGGUGAAACAUUCCGCGGCGAAUUCGCCUCGCGUCUUGUCCGGCGAGCCGCCGCCGCGACGAUAAUACACCGGGCGGUUGUAACCCGAACCGUAACCGCGGUCGACGCCUGUACAACACAAACGCGGUAGUCGCGAUACUCGUGUCGCCCCGCCGCGCCGCGCGAUCGCGGGCGCCCGGAGUGGGGGGGGGUGGUGAGGGGUAAGACGGGGCAUCCGGACUUCGAAAUCUCAAACAUUAUUUUUACAACUUUUUCUGUAGUUUUUCGGCGCUUGAUUUCAUCACGCCCCGAGUGCGUCGGCCUAUUCAUCAAACGGUCCAGGCAGAUUCUCGUUCAGGGUUCUACGUAAACAAAACAGACACUGUCCCUCUCUGAUGAAUUUCCCGCGGGCGCCCGUGGGGUACCGCGUUAUAAUAGUUCGACCGGUCCGGAUCGACGACUGCAACUGCAACCGGAAAAGAAACUGGAAGACGCGAGUUUAACUACGACGUAUUUUUUAUUUUGUCUGCCGUUCGAAACAAUUAUUUCCGAAGUCUAUCGAUAGUCGAAUUAUCGUAUGCAGGACGCGGCGGCGUUACAAAACGAUAAACGAAACGCGCGCGGUGAGGGUGGAGGAGGGGGUGGGAGGGAUUACACGUACACGCAGAACGGUUCGUUUUCAUCGACGGGACGGCGAUUUUCUAGGAGGAAUUUUAAGCGAUUCCCGUGUAUUAUAUUUGACGAUUGCGCGGAAUCUCGUUUGAUAUUUGUCUUAACAUUUCGACAUUUCCCCACUGUUUGUGUGUACCCUACAGGGAACGGGGAAUAAUUUUUCAACCGAAAUUUGACACGCAUCGUAAUCAUAACUAUUUAAUAAUGAUUGGAAAAAAAAAAAAUACGGAAUCAAAAUCAUUCGAGAAAAUCGCCGGUUGCAGAUCGAAUGAUAAACGGACCGCUCUGUAUAAUUUAUUAAAUUUUAUCCCAGAAGAAACGCGCGUCGUCCACUAUGUUAUUAUUAUUUUUCGCACAUAUUUUACAUGGUAAAAUAUGCCCAGAACGAAUUUCAGACCGUAUUACAAUAAAUAUAAAUAACAAAAUCAAUAACAUAAACACUCGGAUUAAACAAGUGUUAACGUGCACCGCAGAACCAUUAUACGAUAAUAUAUUACCGGCAUAUUAUACGAUCGUAUGUAUAAUUUUUUUUUUUUUAAAUCGGACUUGUUAUUUAUUUUAAAAUCGAGUUUUUAUGUAUUAUUUUUGUGGUAAUGAUAAUAACGUAAGAUCUCGGACCGUAAGAUGGGUCUUUGGUAAGAGUCUAGUGCCGUAAAUAACGGUAUAAUUAUAUAAUUAUACAGGAACGAUCGCCGACCUGGACGUGUUUUAGGAACGGGCACCGCGGAAAUUCUAUAAUUUCGCAAUUCGAAUUCGCAUUAAUGUCGUGUGCAAAUCGUCCGCGAGCCGUUUAUUUAUUCACCUCUUUAAAUUACAAAUUAAAAUGAGCACCUGCCCAUUAAAUUAUUGUUAUCUGAUGGCGAGUCGCUGAAUUUGUUCCCAUCUCUCCCGUUUCGUACCGGUUGAAACGCACAAUUGAAACACACAAACGGUCAGCUGUACAAAGUAUAAUAUCUUCAAAGAUGCGAAUUUUUCGGCAUUUUAUACUCGAACCUUGUUUCUGGGUUCUCGGUGGUUAUUUAGAAAAAAAAAAAAUAAAUAAAAAUUAACGGUUUAUCGGAUUUUCGGUGUAUUUCUGCGUUACCGACAUAAUACGAAAGGGAGGGGGGAAACUUGUAUUAUACAUAUAGAACUUUACCGGUCAACCGAUCUCGUUCAGAAUCGUUGUUUUUUUUUAUUUGUAUCGCAUUCAUUUCUCCCAUACCCGCCCACCAAUUGUUUUGUGUAGUAUUUUAACCAUUGACAAAAUAUUGACUGACGCCUAUUAUAAUAACAAUUAAAUAGCGUGGCGGUCGGACGAGAAACGUUUUAUUCAAUCGAAUUUUAUACGUUUUCAGAUGAGUCAGCUAUGUCGUGUUUGCGGAGAACCUGCCGCCGGAUUUCAUUUCGGAGCGUUUACUUGUGAAGGAUGCAAGGUAAUUUAUUCGAUUAGAACAUAAUCAUAAUAAUAAAGUAAUAAAACCGCGAGAUUUUAAUUGACGUAAAUUAACUCAUUAAAAAAAAAAAAAGACGAAGACGAAAAAAAAAAACGUGCCUUACCGUCUUAUCAGAUCGAUAUUAAUUUUCGAACCACGCUCGCCAAAUGUUAAUAAUAAUAUUAUAAUACUACGUAUAGACGUUAUACGACGUUUAUUAAAAACGUUACGACGUAUAAUAUUCGGACACGAACACUCCCAUCGUGGAAAAAAUAAUAAUAAAAAAAAAAAAAAACACGAACGUCAUUGCAAGACGUACGAAAAAAAGAAAAUCCAUUAUUAUUAUUUUUUCGAGGGUCCCGAAAAAAUAUAAUAUUAUGACUUCGUGUGUUAACCGAGUGCCGGGAUAUCAAAACGGACACUAUACUCCGUUGUUUCUGUGUAACGUCGCCGUACGUACGAUCUCGAUAAUUGUGAAUUUUAUUUUUUAUUUUUUUUUUAAAAAAAAAACCGUAUUAAAUUUAUAAUUUUUUUUAUAAAAAUUCCGCGGAUAGUUUUAAUAUUGUGCCGGAAUUAAUAAGGAAAAAACCCGCGAAAAGCUCCCCCUCACUCCGAUGUGUAAUGUAAUAAAAACCGGAAGGGCUUCGCAUAGUUUGCACUUUGGGCAGGCAUACUGUAGUGGAUGUGGGAAAUUUGAAGGGUAUAAUAUAUGAGGUGUGUAGGGCAAUUUCGUUUUCGUACCGAAAGCAACGAUAGAUCGUUGAGGUGAAAAAUCGAUUCUGAGUGGAGUAGUAACUGCCGUGUUUUUUAAAAAAUAAAACCGUAAUGUAUCCAUAUUUGUUCGAAACUGGGCAAGUCGACCAUUUUUUUUUUUUUACUAGUUCAAGUUAUUUUAAAAACAAAAAGAAACUAAGUCAUAUUGAUUUUAAAACGGCGUGGAAAAUAAUAAUUGAAUUGAGUUAAAAGUUACUUUUUUAAAAUUACCCUCGAAUUCACUUAUAAAUACGUAUAUUCUAUUAUAUUUGCAUAGAUUUUCAACAUAAAACUAGUGCGGAUAUCCCAUUGGCCGCAUACCCGUGUUGUUAUAUUUGAUAAAAAUUCACCGCUUCCGUUUCAAUAUAAAUGCAAGAAACUUUGGUACACCAGGUGAUUCAUUUAAGUGGGUACACUCAUUAUCUUGGAAAGUAUUAACUUUUUCCUGAGUUUGUUUUCUAGAAAACUUAAGAAACAACCUGCUCCACAAUUUUAUAUUUGUGUUAUUUUUCGUCACCCUUUUUUUUUGGGGGGGGGGGGGUAAAACAACUACCUAAUUUUGAUUCAAUUUCCGUCUGUCUGUUAACGAGAUAUUCCACUUUUAACUUUAGGUUGGAGGAGAGUAGUGGUUCAUUAUAAACACGCGGCGCGCGAUACCGCCACACUAAUGAUAAUCCACUACUCUCCUCCAACCCGAACUUAAAAGUGGAAUAUCUCGUCAACGGAUUGACAGAAAUAAAAAAUGUCAACACUAAAACUUAUUUUAACUGAUACUCAAGCUAUUUAUUGAUUUUUUAAUACAGGUUGCCAUUUGAAAAUCAAAAGUAGAUAGUUGUUUCACCUCCAAAAAUAAGGGUAACAAAAAACAACACAAAUAUAAAAUUGAAGAGCAGCUUGUUUUUUAAAUGUUCUAAAAAACAAAUUCCGGAAAAAUUAAUAUUUUCCGAGAUAACGAGUGUACCCACUUAAAUGAACCACCCGGUAUAGUUUUUAUUUUAUAAAAAUAAUUCGUAAACAACGUUUUCGGAAGAACUCAAUUUUUUUCUACAUGACCUAUAGUUGAGUUUAAAUGAUUUAUCAAACAAAUUAAACGCGGUUAAUUUCCAACAUAAUGUUUUAGAUUCUGACUGGAGCUAGGUAUGUAUCAGACCAUGAUGGUGCUUAUUUAUUUUAUUAAUUAUUCUUGUUUCUUUUAACAACUUUUCUACCAUAAAUCUUGCUCCAAUUAUAAAGCGACGACAGAUCUAUAUUGUUUUUUUUUUUUAUGCGGAUUUGUAGUCAGUGCGUUGAGGUGGUCCAAAUAAAUUGGGACAAAUCGUUGGUAAAAUCGAAAAUGUACGGUUUCGUAAUUUUUCGAUUUUUGUCAUAGUUCGGUUGAAAAUAAUCGAAAAAGUAUAAAAAGAUUAAAAAAGAAAAGAAACUUUUAAAUUAGGCGCUGCGCAGCUUUGCAUUUGCCGUCCGUUUAUUAAUAUUGUUUGUUUAAAAAUGUUAUAGACAAAACUGUUGGAAACGUGUAGAACCGUUUUUCAAAUGAAGUGCUAUCCGAUAAAAAUCGCUCUUUUUCAAGGUAAACCACGCGGACAUUUUCGGCAAUCUAAAACAGUGUUUUUCGGGCGGUGGGAAGAUGGCGAUGGGGUGAUGGGGGGAGGCGAGACACCGCGCCCGUCUUCCGGUAAAACUGUAAUAGCAUUUAGGCUCCGCCGGGAAUCUAAAAUAUCGAGGAAAAGAAAAAAAAACCUGCUUACACACGCGUCGUAAACAACGUGUACGGCUCAGAGAUGUGAUAUUAAUUCGAACGAUAUCCACGCCGCCGCGCCGUUCGCGCGCGUACCUGUAGACCAUUAUAAACAUACGACACUGACACGUGUUUUUUUUUUUUAAAAAUCGCCACGGUUAUGACAGUAUCGCAGCGUUGCGUACGGCCCGUCGUUGUUUACGGUCGUAUUUUUUAUAAUUUGAAAUCGAAAAAAAAAAAAUUAUAAAAAAUACAUUCAUCACGCACGCACACGCGCACACGUGUCCGGCGUUCGCCUUCGAUUAUCCGAGACGCUAAACGGCCACAUACGUUUAUGCGCGUCGUACGGGCGCAGCACACACCGCGCCGGCAACGAUAUUGCGCAAUCUCGACCGGGCCCCCUGAACAAUUAACAACGGCGCGCUUAUUAUAAUAAUGUAAUGCGCGUACACGCGGGGGAGGGGGGGGGGGUGGCGGCGAACGAGGGGCGCGGCGAAACGGUUUUUUUUUUCCUCUCAUUUUUUUUUUUAUUUUUCUCUUUUACGAUCGUAGACGACAACAAUGAUAAUAAUAACAACACGUGAUAUUGUCCGAGAAAAAACUCACGCGACACCGUCGUCGUCGUCGUUCGACAACACGGGGCCGAUUUAUGCGUGUGGUGGUUUUUUUCCCCUCCCGCGAUCGCCGGCUGUUAUUGUGCUACGCACGGACCGGCGACCCUGUAGCUGCUCACCGUUUUCGCGCGGAUCACCAAGCUUUGAAUAUCAUUUCACGCGUUUUUCAAGGGACAGAUCGACGAGAAUAUUUCUAUUCGAGUUUCCCUAUUAGUAUAAUUUAUAAUGUUUUAUGGUUAUUGCGAUAGUGUGUCGGUAAUGUGUAGCAGAAUAUAUAUUUUUGUUUAAAAAAAAAAUGCGGUCCUUUUGGCGCACCGAAUGGCGCAGUUCGUAAAAACAACCUCGUUACCUACCCGUUGUAUUGUAAUUAGAUUUGAAACGAAAAAACGAAAAAAAAGAAAAGAAAAAAAGGACAUAUUUGUUAACAAUCUGCAAUUUGCGUCUACAAUAUCGCCGAGAGUAGUCCGAGCAUUUUGUAACAUCAAGUUUAUAUAUCGUCUAUGUUAACGGGCACGUACAGCGUUAUCGAGCGGCGGCUUUACCUCAGUCUGGAAUUUGCGAUUUCCGUUGAAUAAUUCGUGGCCGAGUGACGAUUUUUGUUUUUCGCGUCGCAGUUUCGUUUUUUGUUUUGAUUAUUAUAAUGUAAAUCUUCUUGCCGCAUAACGUAAUUGAACAACAACAACAACAAAAAAAAACUCCGCCGAAAAUAUGAUUAAUUGUUUGUGUACGGUACUGUACUGUUAUUAUUAUUUGUCGUGUCGUCGCUAAAUAACAAAUUCCGUCACGGACGCCGUUGUACAGAAAACGAUUGAUAAUAAUGGAUUUCUUAGGCAAAUAUCACGUUAAACGUGAUUUACACCCGAAAACGUUUAAAAAAGUUGUAUUAUUUCGAUUCUCUUUACGAACAACACGUAUAGGUAUAAUGGUUAUUAGGUAAUCCGCUAAAAUGACUCACCGCUGUGUUUUUUUUUUCCGCACUACACAUUGUUCGUUUAGUAAAAACAUUCCAAUUUUUUUCAUAUAGUACUUUAAACUAUGCUGAUUUUUCGACCGACGGUAUUUUAAUUGAAACGCUUUUCGUAGUGUCUGAUUUUAGUCGAUUUCUGGUUAAUGAGUGAAGAACCACGACUGUUACCGCUCAGAAUCGUUUUUCAGAACGUUUCUAUUGCAAUGACCUGUCGUAACUUUCUCUUUGCAAGCCGAAUUACCCUGUAAAUAAACCUUUUUAAAGUGCCGGUAGCUUUCAACGUCAUUUUGAUGUAGUGGUCACUCGGAGGGACGAAAUCGGUUUUAAACAUACACAAUCGGUAAACAUUUAUUACAAAACCGAAGUGCGUGGUCUAAUUCUCAAAUAAACUAUGCGCUUUGAUUUGGGAUAUGCGUAUUUGCCAACUGUGAUCAAAUAGUAUUUUUCCUUUUUAAAUGAAAACCGAAUCGAAUAUCAAUGCAACGCCGACAAAAAUUCACCCCACUAAAAUACCUUUCCCUUAUCACGCUGACAUCACGCGAGUUACAAUAACUUCAAAGUUUCUGACGUUGACCAACACUGUUCCCACUAGCGCAUAAGUUGCGCACGCGUCCGGCACACGAUAGUGGAUUUCACCGUAAAAUACGCGACGGCCGUCCGUUUCCAGCUAGCUCGUUUGUACUUACCUAUACGUGUAAAAAAAAAAAAAAAUGCUGUCGCGGUAAAUGUCGUAUAAAUAAUUCGACGAAAAAUCCGCCGUAAAACGUCUUCUGCAGCAGUAAUAGUUCCGCUCGUUAAUAAUAUUUACCGUACAACAGUUUUCACCUAUAAAACACCAUACUCAUGUUGAAUACCGUGGAAUAAAAUGUUAUUAUUGCAGUUUAUGGCAAUCGUCGGCAUCGCGGUGCAAGCUGUGUAUUAUUUCAUAGUGAAUUAAAACACAUCUCGACCUUUUUUUUUUUUUUUUUUUUAUAACGAACCGACUCUCGAUAGCAUUAUAUUGUCAUUAUUUCGCGUUUUCAUUGAUUGGCGUCCGCAAAUCCGUUUCUAUAUCACUAUUUAACAAUAUUUUUAUAAACGAUAAAAAAUUGUAAACAACCCGUUCAUUAUAAUACUGUGGUCGGUUCGGGGUGGCAUCGGUUUGUGUACAUUACAGUAGAAAAUAUAGAGAAGAAGACUAACAGCCGAAUUUUGAAUCGUUUAAAUCGGACAAACGAUUACACAUUUGUGGGACAACGCCGUAACACUGUUCCGAAUAGUUUCUCGGAAAAAUUCAAUUGUCGUGUACGGGAUAAACGCUUAAAAAUUCGCCAGUUAGCCAAAACAUUUUCUUCUGUCUUUGUGCGUUUCGGACUAUUUUCUAACCGACCGACCGAAUAUUUAAAGCAGCUGUGUUUGAAGUGCUCGGAGUAUGUUACCCGGCCAAUUUUCUCCUGCACAUUAUGCGCCUCCCCUUCUUCGGCAAUUAUCCUAGGGACGUCACCGACGUAACCCGACUCGGUUCACGCCGCUGACGUUGUCAUUUUCGUUGUUUUAACGGUCACCGUCAUGUGUUUGCGUUAUUGUUUCAGUCGUUCUUCGGCCGGACCUACAACAAUCUGGGUUCGAUAUCGGAAUGCAAGAACAACGGCGAGUGCGUGAUCAACAAGAAGAACAGGACGUCGUGCAAAGCGUGCCGGCUGCGCAAGUGUCUGGUGGUGGGCAUGUCCAAGAGCGGAUCCCGGUACGGCCGGCGGUCCAACUGGUUCAAGAUCCACUGCUUGCUCCAGGAACAGCAGCAGCACCACCACCACCACCAUCACCAACAGCAACAGCAACAGCACCAGCCGCACCCGCUGCACCAGCAGCCGCAACACCAGCCGGUCGGUGGCGUGGCGUUACACUUUCACCAACAACCGUCUGCGGUGGGAUGCAGGCCGUUGCUGGAGCCGGGCCGGACGCCGCCGCCAUUGUCGCUACCGCUGCCUUGGGCGGACGUCAAACACCACCUACGUCUGGACGCGGACAACAACAAUUCGGUGGCCGGCGACCUGAACAAGGACGGCACCGGCGGUCGGCUGUCCGCGGCCGCGGCCACCGCAGCCGUCAUGCAGGCCGUCCGGCCGGAACUGUUGCGGUGGCCGUCGCCGUUCUUCCCGGCGGCGUUCCCGUUUCCGCCGCCCGCGCCGUUCUUCCUGGCCAUCCAGCCGCCGCCCCCGCACGGGCCCGCUGCGAGAUCGUCGCCCAGCAGUACGGCGUCCCACCGGUCUUCGGCCGCCGCUGACGACGACGAUCACUGCAACGAGCAGCAACAGCAGCAGCACCAGCACCAGCAGCGACAGCAGCAACAGCGGCAACAGCAACAGCCGCCGGACGUCAAGCCGCCGUCACCUGAAAAGCGCGCGCAUGCCGCCGGCCGCCGCGACUUGCCGCCCGUCCAAGAGUCGCCCAUGGACCUGUCCGUGUCUGCCACCCGGCCACCACCACCGCGGUCGCGUUCCACAUCGACCUCUGACAGCGUUGAAGGAGGUGGUGACGGAGAACGGUCUUCCGGUUCGAGUUCGACCGCCGCCCGACCCCGACGGAAACGGAAGCGGAGGCGACGGCGGCACAAAGACACCGCGGACGACCGGACAUCCGGUUCUGCGGUGUCCGAUUCGGAGACGGACUCGGACGGGUCGGCCUCCGAUCGUGGCGGUGGCGAACCGGUGAAAAACGUGCCCUUGGAUUUGACGUGCAAUCGAUCGAUGUAAAACGGGUCGUUUUUGAUCGAAGGUCCCGCGGUCGUAGGUGAAAAUGAUUGAUUUAAAAAUGAUCGAAUGGGUUUUUUCGGCGGAAACAUUACGGCGAACAACAUAAUAAUAUGUACAGGGUGUCUCCCGGUUAUUUCGGUAUCUCGGAAAAUAUUGAUUUUUUUCGUAAUUUCUAAACAUUUUUUUUUUUUUUUUUGACAAUUCAAGAAACGAAUAGCUCUAAAAUGUUCGAUUACCAUUAUUUUUCGUCACCUUUAUUUCGUGAGAGUGUAAGCGAUCGCCUAAUUGUAAUUUCCAAUUAAAAAAAACCCAAAAACAGACUGUGUAUUAGUUCAAAUACGUGUUGGUGAUUCGAAUUCCGAAAAUCUGUCAACGAAGGGGAAGAGUAACGGCGCGACGCUCAAACGUAUUUACACUAAUACACUUUAUUCGUAUAGUACAAGUCGCCGGUUGAAAAUCGUAAAUAAGUAGUCGGUUCACCACCAAAAACAAGGAUGACAAAAAAAAUAAUGAUAAUGUAACAUUUUGAAGUAACUCGUUUCUCAAAUAUCAAAAAAAAAAAAUCAAUUCUCUAAAAAGAUAUUGCAAUCAGUGGGGCCGAAUCCUAAGACCUAAGGCCGCGUCUCGGCCCGACAUAUUUUAAAAAUUGAGCAUAGGACCGCUUCAUCGCAGGCCAAAGUUCAGUUGCCAAAACCGAAUGAACACUUAAUUACAGUAAUUUAGGACCUUUAUUUAUUUAGACCUUAUGAAACUUAUUUGGACCAUUUGAAAUGUAUUUAGCCCAACUACAUUUUUAGGACUUCGGUGCCGCUGAUUGCAACGAUCAUAAUAUUCUCGCUGGACCCCUUGUACCAACCGCGAUUUCUCGCGGCAAUCGGCGUGAUAUAUUUUUACUAGGAAAUAUUCAAGGGGUAGAGUAGGGUUUCAAUAGUGGGUUCACAGUUAUUUAUUUAUUUUUUUUUAUGUUUCAUACAUUCUAUUCGUGUCAAAUUACGAAACAUUGACGGAAAACUCGAGUUUUCGACGAAAAUACCGUUCGGUCGUUUUUUUCGUGCUCGACCCUUAUAGGUCACGUGAUUUUCGAUUAUUGCGUGGACCGCGAAUUGACGGAUAAUGCGUUUUUCGGGUUUUUUUUUUUUUUUUUUGUUUGUUUUAUAUCAGAUUUUUCAGUCGAACGUGCAGCGAUCGAUCGCGCUCGCCCGGUGUAAAACCAUAAUUAUGUAAAUAAUGUAUAUAUAUAUACGUAAUAAACCAAACAUGAUGUGCACACAUGAU